AUGGCACAUCCUGGAAGACCAAGGGGUCGUAUGAAUAAAAAGACCUUACAAGCACAAGCUGCUUCACAAGCUGAACAAUUAGCUAGAGUUCAGCAACAACAAGCUCAACAACAAGCUCAGCGAGCGGCACAAGCACAAAUGGGUAAUAAUCCAAAUUCACAACAAUCAAUCAAAGAAGAAACAGGUGUUCAGUUACACGAUGAAGCUGAUUUGAUAUCGUUUAGAAAUGACGCUUUGUUGAGAUAUAUCACCAAUCAUGAAUAUAUUGAAAAUGUCAUGAGUAAAUUAAUUCACAGCUCGAAAAUUAUCCCACCAAGUUUAUAUCCACUCAUACCAAAAAUCAAUGAGUAUGAAAACUUGAAACCAGAAGAUGUAUAUUUUGGAGAUUUAGAGGCAAUGAAAUAUGUCGAAAAGAAGCUUGCUGAAAGAUCAGAUAACAUGAAGGGAGAAUCAGAUCCUUCUUAUGUUAAAUAUUUGUUUAACGAUGAAAAGUACCAGUAUCAACGUGCAAGUAUGGCCAAAUUAUCAGAAUUACAGAAUGAUUUGCAUGAUAAGGAUUCCCUUAAUAAAUUGGAAUCCGAGUUAGAUAACAUGUUGAAUGAGUACAAGACAAAAUUCAACCAAGAAUAUAACAAGAAACCAGCUGUUUCUAAGUAUUCGAUAACUAUUGACAAGAUUUCAUCCCAAAUUGAAGUGACAUCAGCUCCUGCAGACUAUAAUCCAAAACUGAUAAGCUCGUUUAUCAAUAUGAACAAUAACAGUACUCGUGAAUCACUGGACAACAUGAACUCUGAUAAUAAUGGAAGUGGAAAUUUCAAUAAUGAAGGAUUAAAUGGGUUUCAAUUCAAUGGCAACAUUGAUACCUCAAAAUUUAAUGGAUUUAGUGGGAUCCCGAUGAAUCAAUUUGACAAUAAUUUUGGUUUAUCUAUGAAUGAUUCUAAUGAUAACAGUACAAAUAAUGAAAACAACGUGGAUACCAAUUCCAGUGUUCCACCUCAAGAUACAGGUUCAGGCGAGGAUGUCAACAUGAGUGGAAGCAAUUCAACAAGUCAAAUUAAUACCAACGCCAGCAACAAUGAUCUCAAUAGCUCCACUAGCAACACUAAUAAUAGUGACAAUGAAAGUAACACAAACAUUUCUGCUGAACAAGACGACGGUGAGGAUCAAGUCAUGGAAGAUGUUGGCUCUAAAGAUGAUAAAGAUGGUCAAGACCAAGAGCACCAACAAAAACCACAAGAAAUAUCAAAUGAAACCAAUAAUGACAAUAUCAGUAGUAAGAAUAUCGAGGAGAACAAUGAGCAUGAUGCUAAUUCUAAUGAUAGUAACCAAGCUAAUACAAAUGAUUUGGAUAUGAAUGAUUUCUUCAACGACAAGGGUGAUGGUGACAUGAACCAUCUGGGUAUGGUUGACGAUGAUAUUGGAGAUUUGUACAAUUUUGAAACUGGUGGUGAAGACGACAAUGGAUUAAUCGGAGGAUCUGAAUUUGAGCUGGAUUUCUUAAGCCAUAUUGAUCAUGGUAUGGAAUAG